AAAGGAUUUGUCUCUAAACACUAUAAAAGAGUCUGAUCAGUUUCACUGAACAAGACUGCAUCCUCCGCCGUACACCUUCAAAAUUUGACCUCACUUGUAUUCAUCAGAAUACCACAGCUGUUCUCUCAGCUGGUACCUUGCUUUUCAGUAAGUAAGCUGGAGGAGGUAAACGGGGCUCUUGUCCAGAUCAGAUUCUGUCACAGGUUACAGGCCACUGGGCAACAUGCUUUCUGGGAACCAGCAUUACAUUGUGGCUCGUCCAGCCUAUUCUGAAGUCAGCUUUAAAGAACACCACCAGCAAGUGGAGAGAUACCACAAGACAACCUGGGACAAUAUCAGGAUUUAUUUCAGAUGUUCAACUGCAAAGGCAAAGAAGGUUUUUUACACAUUCCUUCCCAUCGCAUCGUGGCUGCCAGGAUAUAAUGUGAAAGAAUGGCUUCCUAGUGAUCUUGUGUCUGGUGUUAGCACUGGACUUGUGAGUGUCUUACAAGGGCUGGCUUUUGCUCUGCUGGUGAAUGUCCCUGCUGGCUAUGGCCUAUAUUCAGCAUUCUUCCCUGUCUUGACAUACUGUAUUCUAGGAACAUCAAAGCAUUUAUCAGUCGGUCCCUUUCCAGUGUUGAGCUUGAUGGUGGGCACAGUGGUGAACAGACUGGUGGCUGAUGGUAAUACAGCAGUGAACAGUACUCUAUUCCCGGCUGAUAUGAGUCUAGAAGACCGACAGGUCUGGGUUGCUUCAUCUGUUACUCUGCUUGCUGGGAUUUUUCAGUUGGUUCUUGGAUUACUGCAAGUCGGUUUCAUUGUCAUUUACCUUUCGGAUCCAAUGAUCUCAGGCUUCACCACAGCUGCUGCCAUUCAUGUCCUCAUUUCUCAGCUCAAAUUUGUCCUGCAGCUAAAUGUUCCGGGGUUCAACGGACCACUUUCUGUGAUUUACACACUGGAGUACAUUAUCAAUCAUAUCACUGAAACAAACGUCCCAGAUGUCAUCAUUUCACUUAUCAUCAUGGUCGUUGUAUUUUUUGUGAAAGAAAUAAAUGAUCGAUUCAAGUCAAAAUUGCCCGUACCUAUUCCCAUUGAAGUUAUAAUGACAAUAAUCGCAACAGGGGUCUCGUAUGCAUUCAACUUCAAUGAGAAAUACAAUGUUGACAUUAUUGGAAACUUAACAAGCGGCUAUCAGAGUCCUCUCACUCCCAAUAUGGGUGUCUUACAACAGAGUGUUGGUGAUGCCUUCUCGAUUGCAAUUGUUGGUUUUGCUGUUGCAUUCUCUGUGGCCAAGGUCUAUGCCAUCAAACAUGAUUAUGUUCUUGAUGGGAACCAGGAAUUAGUGGCUUUUGGAAUCAGUAAUAUGUUUUGUGGAGCAUUUCGUGGUUUUGCAGGAAGCACAGCUCUGUCUCGAACUGCUGUUCAAGAAAGCACAGGAGGAAAGACACAGCUUGCUAGUCUGAUAUCUGCUGUGAUGGUGAUGAUUGUAACUCUGGCCAUUGGGUUUCUGCUUGCACCACUACCCAAGUCGGUUUUGGGAGCUCUUGUUAUCAUUAAUUUGAAAGGAAUGUUAAUGCAGUUCAGAGAAAUCAGGAUUCUAUGGAAGAAAGACAAGUUUGAUUGUCUGGUUUGGAUAAUGGCUUUCAUUGCUGCCGUUCUUCUUGGGCUUGACAUUGGCCUUGCAGCUGGUGUAGGAUUUGAGCUGCUGACUGUUGUGUUCAGAACACAAUUUCCAAUAUGUUCUGUGUUGGCAAAUAUUAGUGGAACGGAUAUCUACAAGAACAGGAAAGACUAUCUCAAUAUUUAUGAGCCUGAAGGAGUAAAGAUCUUUCGAUGCCCUUCACCAAUUUUCUUUGCAAAUGUCGACUUCCUUAGGAGCAAACUCGUUGAGGCUAUUGGGUUCAAUCCACUUCGAAUCCUUCGGAAGAGAAAUAAAGCUCUGCAGAAGAUCAAAAAAAUGCUGCAGAAAGGAGAGUUAGCCCUCACUUCAAAAGGCUACAUCCAAACUACAGAUAGAAGUAGGGACAGUGACUCAGAAGAUGAAGAUAACAACACGAUUGAAGAACUGGAUAAAGCGACAGAUAUGAGAGAAUUGCCAAUGCGGAUUGAUUGGAAGUCACCUCUUCCAGCUGGUCUUUGCGUUCCCAGUGUAGAAAUACAUAGCAUUGUCCUUGACUUUGCUGCAGUAUCUUUCUUGGAUGUGUCUGCUAUGAAAGGCUUGAAAUCGAUCUUGAAAGAGUUUGUCCGGAUUGAAAUUGACAUUUACAUCGCUGCUUGUGGUGAUUUAAUCCUGGAGAAAUUAAGCAGAUGUGGAUUUUUUGACGAUGAAAUCAGUCCAAAAAUAUUCUUCCUUACCAUCCACGAUGCAAUGCUUUGCAUAUUGGACAAACAUCAUCCCACUAAUUCUGUCAACAUCAUAUGUGACAAGGUAAACAACAUCAAGGAAACAAGUUCUGAAGGAGACUUAAAAAAGAGGAACUGUGGGGUGCAAUCGGAAUCCCAUUUCUGAGUGUUUGAAAAACAAGUAGAAAACUGAUGCAACAAGUAUGAGAAUCAGAGAAUUGUAAACUAACAAGAUUCAGCAAGGACUAUACCUGUAAUUUGAGAUUGAUUUAUGUGCAGAAUUUAUUCUGCAUAGACUGUCACUUGAUAAGAUUAUGGCUAAUCCAAUUGUUGUCACUUCUUUUCUGUCUGCCUGUAAACUCUCAACUUCCUUGGCAGCGAGGAUCUCUCUAGCUUAGCCUUAAAAAUAUUCAAUAACCCUGUCUCAACUGCUCUUUGGAGAAGAGACCUCUGAGAAAAAAACACUCAUCUCUGUCUGACAUGGGAGACUCCUUAAUUUUUGUACCAUGCCUCCUUGUUCUAGUUUCUGUUGCAAGGGGAAUCAUUCUUUGGUAUUCACCCUGUCAAAUCCCCUCAAGGGCUUUCAAUUACCUUGAAUAAGUUUCAAGAAGAUCACCUCUCAAUUUUCUGAACUCUAAUGAAUGUGGGUCCAAAAUGCACAAACUUUCCUAAUAGGACAUUAUCCUCAUUCCAGGAACCAGUUCAGAAAUCCUUCUCUAAACUGAUUCCAAUGCAAUUAUGUCCUAAAUUUAAAUGAGAAUAAAACUGUACAUGGUACUCUGGAUGUGAUCUUACCAAAACCCUGGGCAACUGCAGCAAAAUUUCUCUACUUUUAUAUGCAAUUCUCCUUGUUAUAAAUAAGGACAUCCUAUUUGCCUUCCUAGUCACUUACUGUACCUAAAAAUUAACUAUUUGUGAUUCUUAUUCUGGGACACCCGCAUCCCUUUGUAUGUUGGAGUCCUGUGAUCUCUCUCCACCUUAAUAAUAUGCUGUUUUUCUGUUCUUCCUGCCAAAGUAGACGAAUUCACAUUUUUCCAUAUUUUCUGCCAAAUUUUUGCUCACUCACUUUAUCCAUCCUUUUGUAGACUCCUUAUGUCCUCUUCCCAACUUACCUUCCUACCUUUGAGUCAUCAGCAAAUUUAGCAAUCAUAUAUUGUGCAGUUGUGGAAGCAAGGUCAUUGGGUUCAUUUAAGAGACUGCUGGACAUGCAUAUGGUCACAGAAAUUUGAGGGUGUAUACAUGAGGAUCAAUGGUCGGCACAACAUUGUGGGCUGAAGGGCCUGUUCUGUGCUGUACUGUUCUAUGUUCUAUGUUCUGCCCCUUCAUCCAAGUAACUGUUUUGCAAAUUGUUAAGGCCCCAGCUGUGAUCUUUACUGUACUCCACUCAUUACAUCCUGCCAACCUAUUUAUCCCUAUUUCUUAUUACCUAACCAACUCUUUAGACAAUCUGAUAUGUUGCAUCCUCCACCAUAAGCUAUUGUUUUGUGUGGUAACCUUUGAUGUAGCAUCACACGAAAUGGUUUUUGAAAUGCAGGUACAUCAUCUCUCCAGGUUCCCCUUUAUUCACAUUGCUUGUUACUUACCUUUCACAAAACCACGUUGCCUCUGCCUUGUUGAAUUAAGAUUUUAUAAAUGCCUUGUAAUAAUAUCUUUGAAUAAAAGACUCCUUCAUUUUCUAUAUACUAGAUAUUAAGCAAACUGACCUGUAAUUUCCUGCUUCCUAUCUCCUCCUUUUCUUGAUUACAGAAGUUACAUUUACAACUUUCCUGUCUGAUGAGAUCUUUGCAGAAUCCAGGGAAUGUUGGAAAAUUGAAACUAAAAGUGGGAAGAGUUGGGGAGACCUCAGCGUGUGGGUAUGUGGUUACGCAAGGAGGAGACCUGUAGGAGCAGGACCCAGGUUACAGAAAGAGCAAUGCUAUUAACAGCUUGGUUAGAACAGCAAUCGAUACCUCAAAGCUGGGAAUAAUAAAAUGUCAGCUUGAUGUAACCCAUUGCCCACUCUGGGGUCCUGGCCCUUAGAUUGAGAAGCCCUGGUAGAGGAUAAAGUCCAUCAGGACCCAGGGACCUGUCAGAUGUAGUUCUAGUAAUGUUCUCAGGCCUUUUAUCUAGUGAUCUUAAUUGUUUUAAAUUCCUCUCUCCCUUUCAUCUCCUGAUUCACAUUCAUUUCUAGGAUGUAGUUUAUGUUUUGCUCAGCUCAAACAGAUGUAACAUUUCUGUCAAACAAUGUAUCAUUACUCCAUUUUUCAGUCUUUGUUCCUGGGUUUCAUUCCUAGAGGGCUAACGUUUAUCAUUUUUUCUUCUUAAAAAAGAUAGUAAAACCUCUAUAGGUAUUUAUGUUUCUGUUGGCUUUUCUCAUAUUCUAAUUUGUUCUCCUUCCUUUUCUAUUAAAUUUUUUUUCACAGAUUUUACAUACAGUCCAAUCAUCUCACCUGCCACUAACUCUGAGGAAUUGGAUGCUUUUUAUUUCAAUUUAAUACCAUCUACAGCUUCCUUAGUUAGCCAUGAAUAAUGCAUCCUUCGCCUAGAAUCUCUCUCUCUCUCUCUCUCUCUCUUCUCUCUCUCUCUCUGGCAUUUAUCCGUGCUGACAAUUAAGAAAUACCUUCUUUUAAUAUUUCACACUGCUUCUCUGCUAAUCUGUUCCUGAAGCUAAUUUCUCAGUUCAUGCUCACCAGCUCUGCCUUCAUGCCCUUAUUUAAUUUUAAAACCACUGAUCCUAGACCCGCUCUUUUUUCCCCCUCAAACUGAAUGCAAAAUUCACUCAUGAUAACCAUUGCGACCUAAAGGCAUCUUUAUCAAGAGGACAUAAUUUAUUCUGUCCCAUUCAAUGUUAGCUAAUCUGGAAUUAACUGCUCUCAGGUUGGCUCUAGAACAUAUUGCCGUAUGAAUCUGAACUGAAAACACUAUGAAUUUAUCUUUCAGGCCACCUCUGCCAAUCUUAUUUGUCCAAGCUUUGAAUAGAUUAAAAUCAUCUACGGACUAUUGCUAUAUCUUUUUCAUAAUACCGCACUAUUUCUUCCCAUAUACCUCUUGCAACUGUGAGAUUACUGUUAGGAGAGCUAUAAAUUACUCAUACAAGCGACCUCUUACUUUGCCAUUCUCUUAUCUGUCACAAAACCAAUUUGUACACACUCACAUCACUAGAUCCUUGUGGCUGUACACACUCACUUCACUGAACCUUUGCUGUUUUUACACACUUAAUCCCAACCAAUCACUCCUUUUACACACUUACAGCAAAGACCUCUAGUGGAUUUACACUCUCACAAUCCUGAACUUUCAGUCUUUUGAUAACACGCACUGCCCUAUACCCUUGUUGCUUUCCUCCCUCCCACACACUAAAUAAAAUUCAUACUCUGGAUAUCCAUUAACUUAGAUAUAUAAACAAACAGUACUGAUGGCAGGCAUUUUUGUCAGCAAAAGCUGGUCAAUCAUCUUUCUUGUCCUUUGACUUCAUUGAUAUGACGUCCCAGUGGCUUGGUAUGAAACUCACAACGGAGAACUGUAGAAGGGCAAGGGUGAAAACUAAGUUAACAAAUUUGGCAGAGCUGUGAAACAAGGCUAGGUAACAAACACUGGUCUUCGAUUAAAGCCACAUCCUGAAACCAAAGAAUUAAGUUGUAAUUAUCUAAUGCUCUACUUUCAGUCAACUGUUUACUGAACAUAAUUUUUCAAUCUGAUGGUUGGAUGCUGCUUCCUAUGAUGGAGGCAGUCGUGGGUGAUGAUGACGUUGGCCCAGAAUAUUUCCCACUCUGGAAAGGUGAAGUGAGCAGCUGAAGUUGUGGGUGUAGCUGGAGUGAGUUGAAGGUCAGGAAGGCAUCACCAUCCUCAAUACUGCAUUAGGGAAAGCCUCAGAACCCAUACCCCUUCCUCUCACUUCUAACAUGAACCUGUCAGGUUUCUCUUCACAGAUGCUGCCAGACUUGAGGGGUUUCUCCAGCAAUUUCUGUUUUGUUUGUUCGAGAUUAGUCACAUUCUGCCAAUUAGCAACCAACUAAUUACUGAGGUAAUUUUGAAGAACAAUAAACACAGGAUCAAAUCCAACUUGCUCCAGAGGUGCGUCAUAACAUUUUGAGAAUAUCUGGUUGGGAGAAGGCAUCUUGUGGUGCAGUUGUGUCCUUCUCUCUGAAUUAGGAGGCCUGGAAUCAAGUGCCAAUUGCUGCACAGAUGCAUCUCUGAACAGGUUGACUUAAAAAAGUAUCUCGAAGAACAAUUUGAUUCCAAUUGAUCUAUGGGAUUAGUGAAAAGCUGCAAUAACAGGGGAAGCUUUAAGAUUAUUUGAUUCACCAAGGGCACAGAAGGGCUUGUUUCUGAAAAGUCUCUUAAACAUCCUAAGUUAUCACGAUGUCGUACGUUGGGCGGAUGUCUUAAUAGUGGCAUACUAUUCCAAUUGGUGGAACGGAAGUGUACAUCAUUAGUUUCCACUCAAACACACUUAAAGCUUAAACUGUCGGAGAGACGUGUGACCAGGAAGCGGGAGAGCUUUGACUGACAAGCUACUGAGAAGCGGACAGUGAGCAUCAAAUCACGAUUUUUCUGUGUUGUUGCCAUUCACAUUACACCUAUCGACAACGAGAGUGUAUUUAUUUCAAAUUUAAAUUUCAUCUGUCAAUAUUUUGUAUUAUAUCAAUUCAGCGUACAUCGUAAGUUACUUCCUGGGAUUAGCUUUGUUGGUGAGCCACGUGUACUGGCGUGUCUCUUGAAGACUUCAGGGCAGUGAGGUCGUUUCCCUUUUUGUGACAGAAACAAUGUUCUACUUUUGUUCCCUUUGGACCGAAUGCAAAUAUCCAAUGUUUAAUUCACCAUUCGGUAGGAUAAGGCUGAAUUUCCAGACUCAGCUUCCCUUCUACGCAUCGAAAAGGAUAUUGUUCAAGAUAAUUGAAAUGAAAACUCAAGUCCCUAUAAGGCCCGUCGAAGGUGCUGCCUUGAGAUGGACGCCCGUUUGGGCAAUACUUUGGGUGUCUCAUUUUCUUGCUUUGACUGACAGUCCCCAAAGCUGCACCCACACAGCCUCUCUUACUUCACAUCAUCACGCACCAGACCCCACUGUCUUUCCUCUCUCGCUUUCCUCAUCCAUGGAUCCAGACCCUGAACGUACAAAACGGCCCCGUAGCCUCACUGCGACUCCCCGUUUCCAGUCCCGAAAAUCCAUCCAGGCUGCCGUUCUUGCGCUGUAGACUCCGACAAGGAAAACCACUGACCGCGCAGAACUGCACAAAAUACCAACUUCAACCAAGCUUGAACCCAGUGCAACGAGAGUCUCCCGCGCGCCACUUUAUCUUGAAGAUUGGAAAAAUAAACACGCUAGUGAAUUUUCAUAGCAUGCAAACAUAUAUAACAAAUACAUAGCGCCAUAGGGCGGUAUGCAGUCCAAUACACCACAGUCACAUCGCUGACUUUAUCUCUGCAUCUCAUCCUGCUUUCGAGAAAUCGAAAGUUUGCAUCCUGUCUAACCCGGCCGCUCCACAAGUUUUGUUUCCUGCAUUUAAAGGAUGGAUAAAAUUUAACAUCACCACGGCCACUUUGCGGCAGCUAUGACAUUUGCAAGCUGAAUCCUGAGACAUUGCUAAACAUCUGGAUGAUAUGUUGAAUGGUGGCACGUUUUGAAUUUAAAAAUGCUCACACCAAUAAUUGGUGAAUGAAAUGAAACAACUGAUGAUGUGUUUAAUUGAGAAUCGCUAUAUUUUAAUGAAUGGGAAAUUAAUUUUUUUCUGAUUCUACUCGAUCGAAGCAAAAAUAGAGAUCGCGACAAAAAUAAUGAAAGAUAAUGUUUAUGUAGUUACUGCCACACGAACACUGAAAAAGCAACUCUCAUCACAAUGAUAUAUUGGAAUGAUCAAGCAUGCGAAUUGAACCAAUUAGAGAACAAGCUGUUUUAAGUCUAUAAUGCAAUGUGAAAGAGCAUUAAAGGAGAGUAACCAUAAUAUAAUAGAA